GCGCCAAAUCAGGCAGCGAUAAUUGCGGCGCCACUGCGCAUGACUCAGAUGCGGUGACCACCGAGCUACGGCCACAUUCGUCAUUGCUGGUGUGUUUCCGGCUAGUUUCGAGGCAUGCAAGUCUGCUGUUCAUCUCUCAUCACAGCUACCUCGCCACAGAAGCCCGUUGCACUUGACAAACUACUGAAAAAAAACGCGUUCCAGCGAGCCACAUCGUUGCGGACGGAAGAAAAGUCAAGGAGAAGACAUUAUUCACCGUAGGAACACACUGUGCUUCAAGGGAAGCUGACCGCAGACAAGGAGUGAAAUCUAGUGGUGGAUUGGGUUCAUCUUCUUCAUUCGCCGUCAAAGGAACCGCCGUAUUCGAAUGAUAGCUCUUGUUCACAGUAACAUACGCUGGAUCUGUUCUCAAGACAACGCAGUGUGCCUCCGUGGACGAAACUCGAUUGUCAGAAACUUGUGCAUUAUGCGGAUACUGAUGUCUUUCCGAUAGUGAAGGCAAUGAAAGAAAGGUACCGAAGGCUUCGAAUUUGUUUACAUCUUAAAGCAGACGUUCCAGCUAUGUCGCCAGGGUCAUUGGACAGCACGAAGGACAACCUACGGCUUGCAUAAACUGCACGCCACUUGUCAGCCAUCGUAAUUAACCGAUCACAUCGCACCCUGCCACGGAAGACGGAAUGGAAGUGUCCUCUGCCGGGGGCGCCUUCGUAAUAGCCGUCGCCAUCGCCGGCACGGUGGGCAACGCGCUAACGAUAGCCGCGCUGCUGCUGCGCAUGCGCCGAGAGCACAGCGGCAACGCAUCGUCCGUGUUCAUCGUGAGCUUGUCUGCGGCCGACUUGUGCUUCUGCUCUCUGAACCUGCCCUUCGCUGCGUCCAGUCUGCUGCAAGGGGCUUGGACGCACGGACCACUCCUGUGUCGACUGGUAGCCGCAGGUCGGUACCUGAACGUGGGAGUCUCGCUUCUCUCCAUCACAGCCAUCGCCGUCAACAGGUACGUGCUCGUGGUGCGGCCCUCGCUCUACGGCAGGCUGUACGGCCGUGCCGGUAUUUGGUGGAUGGUAGCUGCCACGUGGCUCGCACCUUGUUUUCUGCUGGCCCCCACUCUGGCUGGCGUGUGGGGCCGCUUCGGGCCGGACCCGCGUAGCCCUGGGUGCUCAGUGGUCGCGUCGGGCGGGAGGUCGCCCAAGGUGUUCCUCUUCGUGGCCGCCUUUCUCGUGCCCUGCCUGGCGAUCGUCUACUGCUACGCCGCCAUCUUCAGGCACGCGCGGAAGGCCAGGCUUCAGCUAGAGGCACAUGGUGAAGCUGCGCGUCGGCGUCAGGACGAGUGGCGCAUCACACGAAUGGUUCUCGUCAUCUUCCUGUCAUUCCUCGCCUGUUAUUUACCCAUCACCAUCGUCAAGGUAGUGGACGCCGAGGUUCGUCACCCAGCGGGGCACCUGGGCAGCCAGCUGCUGCUGUACUUGAGCGCGUGCAUCAACCCUAUCAUCUACGGCGUCACCAACCGGCAGUACCGGCGGGCGUACGCGCAGCUUCUCGGCUCUGCAGCUGCACUGUGCUGUCCCCAAGCAUCCUGCUCAACGGAGCAGACCGAUGGCAAGCAGCGAGACUCCCAGCAGACCAGUCUCUGAGCCAUAAACGUGCAGGACCGGUCUAGUUGCGAAGCUACGGACAGUGCUUCCUGGCACGUGGCUUCCGAAAGCUAACUUCUGUUCAACCCUCAACGUCAUGAACUUUUGCGAGGAAUGUUAAUUGUUUCCCGUUGUCACAGCGAAUGCGUCGACAGCUCGGACCCUACCGAUGGUGCCUAGUCCAAGCAUUGUACUCGUGUGCUGCUCUUUUGAGGGCUCUCUUGCCAUCGUGAUGUGUGUAGCGAAAAAUUGAUUGAAUCUCUUAAGUGUCCUGCGGGGAGGAGUGGAGCAGGGAGGCUCUCUCUGAGCCUCAUAUUCUGUCUCUAACGUUCUGGUUGAAAGAAGGAACAGCAGAGAUAGCGCGCAGGACUUUGUGUGUCUUGCCGAUUGCCGACCGAAUGUGUCGUCUUCCUGGUGUUGGAGGGUUAUAAAUGCGAUAAAAUUAGGAGUGUCGAAGUGGAGAACAGCGUAUGUGUGUGAAGUGUGGGAAGCCAGUCACGUGGUAUAAGUAGAGAGGGGAUUGUAUAGAACUGACGGGGAUCUGCUUCGGACCACCGUUUGCUCCUCGAAGAGAGCGCGUGCGUCGAGUGAGCGCCUGAACAACACUUUGCAACGUGGUAAACGAGGUUUAAAUCUAUUUAAAUCUAUCAUCCGGAACAUCACAGAGGUGCGACACAAUGCUAACGCAUUUCUCUUGCAGUGAAUUUUGUUUUUCUUCAUUGGACUCCAUACAAAAUGUUCUUAGUCGUAAUGUAGUUGGACAAAAUUAACUGUUGCGAUCCGCAGGCAUAAGAAUGUGUCCUCCUUCGUGCACAGCGUUAAUAAAAUAGAUCACUAUUUCAAAGAUUGUUGGAGUGCCGUGCUCCUUUGGGAUGUCCUCCGAAGAAUUAUCAAAACGAGUGACAUACUUGACACUGUACUGAACGCCAUUUCUGUAUUUUGAGACUGCCAGUGAACCCCCAUAUGACACGUCCAUGCUACUUAGGCUUAGGGGGUCAAAGCUGGAACCAUAGCGGUCUGUGGUUUGGGGGCUCGCCGAGGCCUCGCACCAGGGGUGACAACAACGGGUGUCUGAUAUAUCGCGGACAGCCGAUCUUGCAUGCGAAUGCCUCCUUGGCCUAGGUGCGGCCCCGCCGUGCCAGCGUUUCACAGUUUGUGUGUAUGGCACGUGCUGUGCUUGCUUUCCUAUGUGACAAAAAUGCAGGUGCUGGGCUGUGGAGGUAGCGUGCUGGGCUGUGAGUGCAAACAUUACGACCAUCCAUAGCCUGAAGAGAGCGCUUGGAGCUGGCGUCUCGACAGAAUGCUGGCCACGUAUGUAGAAGGAGCACAUAAACAUGCGCCAGAAAAAUGGCUCCAAAGCGUGCAUUCAGGUUCGAGGACACCCAGGCCCGAAAGAAGCGUCGCGCGGAACAGGAGCGUCUUCGCUAGGCAGCGAAACGUGAUGCAGACCGCGAAUGUAUGUACACAAUGCAUGCAUAGAAUUAUAAUAAUUAACUGAAUUACGUGCAGCUCCAUAAUUAAAUUAAAGUUUAACGCUUCUGCCACGAUGCGAUGUGCCAUGUGAGGCAAUGAUAAUGCUCAACCCUCUUAGACAUUAUGAACAAUGAUGCACAACAACGCCUCAAGCAAACACGUUUCCCUGUGUGUUCUGUGAACUGCGCAGACAAACAGAAGUUGCACACGCAAAGUGACGUUUACCAUCAACUCACCACUCUCGUAUUAGACUAAACGCUUAAGAAGUUACACAUUCGCCACCGACAUCACCGCUAGUUAUCGUCAAUCAAAGCAAGCAGCAUGCAAAGCUUCGCUUACAUCGAUUGCCACAGUGCGUGAGAUCCGCGUAUAU